AUUCCCAUGGAAACAUCCUCAUCCUCUGAUGACAGUUGUGACAGUUUUGGUUCUGAUAAUUUUGCAAACACAAAAUGCAAGUUUAGGUCGGAUAUUAGAGGAGAACUGGCAAAGAUUUUUCACGAAGCCUCUGAUGAUGAAUCCUUCUGUGGCUUUUCAGAAAAUGAGAUUCAAGGUGCAUUGAAAUUGGAAUCAGAUUCAGAGGAGAAUGAUACAAGUGCUGAAAGUGAGGUAGCUCAGAGAAGGCAGAAAUGCCCUGUUCCUCUAAAAGUAGCCAUGAAGUUUCCACUUCGAAGAUCGGCGAGGAGGAAGGGUGAGAUGGAACCUCUUCCUGAAAAGCUGAUGCCUACUCCAGAUUCAGACUCUGACUCUGAAGAAAAGGGUUCGAUGUUUUUAGAAAAAAGAGCUUUGAACAUAAAGGAAAACAAAGCAAUGCUUGCAAAACUAAUGGCUGAGUUGCAGAAUGUUUCUGGUAUCUUUGUUGGGAGAAAGUCCUUGCCAACUGACAGUCAUGGACAAAAGAGACUUCCAAGACGUUCAUUGCCCAGAAGUGCUUUGAGGCGGAACCCAGACCGAAGUUCUCGGCCUUACACAAGAUCGAGGUCCCUGAUUGAAGGUCCUCCUACUCCUUUGCCAGAAGAGGAUGAUGAUGACCGGUACAUCUUAGUGAGAAGAAGAAAGAUGUCCGAUGAAUACCUGGAGCAUGAAGCCUGCACUCCCAGGAGGGGUCACCGUGGUGCCAUGGCUUUUCCACACAUUGUGCGCCCAGUUGAGGAGAUAACAGCGGAAGAGCUGAAUAAUGUUUGUGGAUCUGCAAGAGAGAAAGUAUAUAACAGGGCCACGGGAUCCACCUGUCAUCAGUGUCGCCAAAAAACCAUAGACACCAAGACAAAUUGUCGUAACCCUGACUGUGUAGGAGUACGGGGCCAAUUCUGUGGGCCAUGCCUCCGCAAUAGGUAUGGGGAAGAUGUCAGAGCGGCGUUGCUGGAUCCGACUUGGAGGUGCCCACCAUGUCGUGGAAUCUGCAACUGUAGCUUCUGCAGACAGCGCGAUGGCCGAUGUGCUACGGGUGUCCUGGUCUAUCUGGCCAAGUACCAUGGUUAUGACAAUGUUCAUGCCUACUUGAAAAGUCUGAAACAAGAACUUGGAAUGGAAGACUGAAGCUCUCCACUGCCUUUAAAUUACGUGCAUUUUCACCAAUGUUAUUUACUGCCUACAGUGAAUUGUUUAAGCAAAUGAGAUUACAAAGCCAGUGCCUGCCUUCUCUCUCCUUUUGGGUAAAAAAAAGGAUAAAGAACUUUCACUUGUCUC